GAGAUCAAACAACUGUUCACUUACCACUGCUGACAACUGCAGUCCGCUUAAAACCACAAAUCAUAAUAGACUCUUGUGAAUUUAAAAACGCGAUGAAGUUCAAACUAAUAUUUCUCCUUGUGAUCUUCGGCUUCUUACAAGCGGGUAAUUGUCAAUCUCUCCAAUGCCCUAAGGUUCGAACCAGCAGUGGAUGGCUGGAUUUAUUUCCCUUGCCUUGCAGAAAGAAUGCUGACUGCAGCCUAAUGGGUUCGCAACAGAUUUGCUGCAGAGGUUUCUGCACUAAAGGUGUUCCUGGUGCUGCCGCCAUACGAGGUGACGAGGCGAGCAGUAGCGUAGUCGAGUUAAAACCAACUAGCACGAGCACAAGCACUAGCACGACAACAACAACAACAUCAACAUCAACAACAACAACUACAACACCAAGUACCACCAGUUCGACAACAACGACAACGACGACGACGCCGAAGCCGACGACGACUUCGACGGAGCCGCCGAGGCCGUUCCUGCAGUUCUUGCCAAUCCAAACGACACCGAAAAAUAACGCGCCGUUGAAGAAAGGAAAAAACCAGAAGUACCUGUGUCCAAAGUCCUUGCCAACUGUAUUGUUUCCGAUACCGUGCGAGAGUAACUCCCAAUGCCGAGCAAGCAGCGGCGCAGACCAGGUGUGCUGUCAAGGUCAAUGUGUGAAAGGCAUCCCGGCUCCAAAGCCUACAGUCAAAGAGCAAACACAUCAACCAAUUCUCGGCGUAAUACCACGAGAAUGCCCAGCGACACCACUUGGGGAGUUGUUGUUCGAAGUACAAUCAUGCAAGAGUGAUGCAGACUGCUGGCCAAGAGUGUGUUGUCCAGACGGUGCCCGCUCCUAUUGUAGAACUGCGCGCGCUCGUCUUGACCUAGUGCCAGUUGCUAGCCGCAUCGAUGCUCCGAUACGUAUGCUACAGUCGUAUGUGCAAUGUUCACCUCCACCGGAAGUGGACGCGUUCCCGCAGCAGUGCAGCUCCAGUGUCGACUGUUUCCCCAAUCUUUGCUGCGCCGAGGGUGGAAAGAAACAUUGCCGACCUCCACAACGUAGUUUAUUGGCAUUAUUGGCGGGGGCUGCCCAGAGACUUGGAUAAGGCUUCAAUUUAGGAUAAUUGGAAGUUUUGGGUGGAAAUAACUUGUAAAUAAAAUGUAUAAAUUAUUUGAUACUAAAAUGUAAGUUAUGUAAGAUAUUUUGUAUUUUUUUUUACUUUUGAAUAAAAAAACCUUUACUAUUUAUAUGUUAAA